CGCAUGUCGGCCGUGCGGCUUGGGGGCGUUUGAGUACUUGAUGCGUUCCAUCAACCUUGCUCCUCUAACUCUCCCCUUCUGUUCCCUGUCUCAUCUUCUCUCGCUCUUGUGUAUACUUUCCCUUCCGCACAGCCGGCCCAGUUUUCAGUUGUCCAUCUGGUCAUGUUCGACAGUGUCAAGUGGUUCACAGAGCUGAUCAAACGCAUACGUUACGGGUGGGAUAGUUCUGUCGAGCCUCGUGGAACCUCUCUCGCUGAAGCGCACAGUCCGAGUCCCUCGUCUGCCCUGGAAGUAGAGCCCACUGGAGCCACAUGCGAUAACACCGAGCAGAGGGCUGCGAACCCUUCGAUGCCCGCAGACCGUGCUCCUAUGGGAGGACUUCCAGGCACAGAUGCUGGUGACGUGCCACCGUCAGAUAUGCAGAAAGAUAUCGCUGUUUGGAAAGCCUCUAAAAGCUCCGUAGCCUCUGUGGAUCAGACGGCGGAUGUCUCGCAGCUGCGCUGGGUCGGAACGGAGUUCAUUUAUUUCCUCAACAUUCCUCAUGACUAUGUGCUGGCCAGCACACUUCCCGGGCCCGCGAGAGCAGGCCUUAUGCCAGGAACUGAGGCUACGCUGACCGAGAACAUCAAUACCCUCCUCGAGACGCCGGUGCACUCUAUCGUCAACAGUCUUCUGGAGGAGAUAAUGGAUAUGCGGAUACCGAAAGGCAUUCUACUCUCUUGCGACCAGCGGGUCGUCUCUGCCGAUCAACUCUCUCGACUUAUUGUUCCUUGGGCUCGCAAUCUCUCGCAAAGCGAUGUUCAUUCCGAGCCUCUGCACUCGCAGCGGGGCCAGUACUGCAUGCGUCUCCUGAAGAGUUUAACGACCGCAAUCGACGACGCCAUCUACUCGAGGACAGGCUCGUUAAUAGAUGAAGGCCCCGAGUCGAACGUGCUAUGUGCUAUUGCAAUCAUGAUCACAUCCUUGGAGCGAUGCGUACAAGCUAUUUGGCGUGUCGAGAAGUCAGAGAUCGUGGACCGAACCAGGAUGUUUGGCGAGGUGACCCAGAUAAUCCGGCAUAACCUCAACCGCCGCUGGAACAUAGGCGCUUUUCUCGAAGCGGAACGCUUGUUCAGCGCCGGGAUACAGUUCGCUGCCUACGCUCUUGAAUGCGGACCCACUGCUUCCAACACCGCUUCCGUCGACCCCGACAACUACACGGCGAAGCAUGUCAUGUCAUCCUGCGAAUGCGAUCACAUUGUUCCCCCUUUUCCCGCGAUCCGCGAGCGUCUCGAAAGAAACGAGAUACCCGUCCUCUCUUAUGACGGCAAUAGCCUCCAAGUCCGCAGUUCGCACGAAAGUCCCUACAUCUCCAUAUCUCAUGUCUGGUCAGACGGUCUUGGGAGCACCUCGGAGAAGGGGCUUCCGACAUGCCAGAUCGAAAGACUGACCCGUCUCGCUCGUGGUCUUGGAAUCGUCGACGGCGUAUUCUGGCAGGAUGGCAUGUGCAUACCAGAAGAACGGGAGCUACGUGACCGCGCCAUUGCUCUCAUGGCGAAGACUUACGCAGAGGCGGACAAGGUACUCGUCCUCGAUGAAGGGCUUCGCUCUGCGUGCCACCUUUCGUCUCCGCCGGAGGAAUGCUUGUUACGUCUUUCUACGUCGGGUUGGACGCAGCGCAUCUGGACGCUCCAGGAGGGUAUGCUAGCGCGCGAGCUUUACUUCGAGCUCUCGGAUGGCAUUAUUGACUGUUCACACUUUGACGGCCCCGCCUUCACUAUCGCCCAGAAACUCAUUCCCAUGUUCGACCAUCGACGUGCCGAUGUUUCGGUCCCAUCAGACUCGCCUCCUCCAAUGUCAUACAAACGGCGUGUGGUAAAUCCUCCGCGAUGCAGCGUCAACGACCUCAUCCCUCUUCUGCGGUAUCGCGUCACCAGCAAACCUCGGGAUGAGCCUGUCGCGAUUGCGGGCUUGCUCGGGCUGUCAGCCGAAAAACUUAUCCCCCACAAGUCGCCAGAAGAGCGAUUGAGAGCGCUUCUCAUCGAGGUCAAAACUGUUCCGCGUCAAUUGGCUGUGAUGGGCUGGAUGGAGCCCAGAUUGUCUCUACCAAACUUUAGCUGGGCCCCAAAGAGCCUCAGCCAUGUGCUCUGGCCGGGGGACAGCGAAUCGGAGAGAUACCAGACUAUAUGCACGGCCGAUGGUCUAUUCGGCGACUACACAAUCGUUCGCUUCUCGCGGGAGAUCGUUGCGCAGGAGCCUAUAGGUGUUCUCGUGAUCCUCGAACAACCGCAUGGCUCGAAUUCCGCUCCGAAGAUUUUUAAUCUCGUAUUCUCCCCUCCUUUUGUUCGGCAAGUCUACUACCGCCAAAACGGUUGUUUUAAAGUUGGGGGUUUCGUAAUGAAGGAUGAAAGAGUUCCGGAGUCAAUGCGGGAGGAGCCUGUUGGUGCGGUAUUCUUUCCGGACGACAGCCCUGGACUUCCUCAUCCAGAUGGCCAGUACCCGACGACAACCGUGAAAUUCGUGGCGCCCGCCAGCUUCCGCUUCGGCCUUCCUGACACAGUGGAAACGGCCCGCACGCGUCCCUACUGGAUCAUUGUACACGCAACCGUGGAAUCAAUGGCGAAAGUCAGGCUAACGUGAAAUCAUCGCGACGACGGACGGACUCCUGACGAGACCACACCAAGCGGCCCGUAUUCACCGAUCCUGACUUAAGCUCCUCUUUCCCCCAAGAUUUCACCAUAUGCAGAUCUUACAAAUCGUCGUCGAUUUCUCCAUAGCUUCCCGAGUGCCCAUGGUCGCGGCCGUUGUUGCAGACCUCACCUCGUGGCAUAUUGAAUCCUCGACCGCCGAACUCGGCUCGUAUAUAUGGACUAUCGCCGCCACAGCGCGCAGAGUCGGCCUCCAAGGGGAUCGUGCAGGACAAACCCCGCCCUCUGUCUCCUACUGAAGACAAGAUGUGAGCCAUUGCACGA